AGUGGUGGGACGAAGUUGUUUUGCUUGAGCGCCAAGCAGAAGAAUUCCAGUCAACUGCUGCGACUGCGUAUACAAUGCAUCCCACAAACGUAUCGUAUAUAUACAUACAACCUUUUAUAUUCAUAUUCAUUCAAUCUUCUUUUCACCCCAUUUUUCGUUCUUUCUUGAUAAUCUAAAACAACUCAACAACACCAAUAUAAGCUCCUCUAAAUCCCAUUCCCAAUCAGUUAUGAGCUUACAACGGAGGGAUAGGGUUUGUCGUCAGGAAUGGGUUCGUAGACCAUCCUCCUCCUCCUCCUCCUCCUCAACCAUAAACGAGAAUCAGAAUGGUGGCUCCAAUCGAAUAAGGAAUGUCCGUCAAGAUCAAGAGGAGAAAGGAUUAUUGAAUUUACAUUUACCUCAACUGCUGCAAGAGAUUCAAGACAAGCUCAACAAAGGCACAGUCGAGUGCAUGAUUUGCUAUGAAACUGUUGGAAGGUCUGCACCUAUCUGGUCAUGCUCCAGUUGCUACUCAAUCUUUCACCUCAAUUGUACAAACAACUGGGCUCGUGCACCCACUUCAUCUGCAUCUCCCCACAACAACCACUGGCGCUGUCCUGGUUGUCAAUCUCUUCAGCUCAAUUCCAACAACCACAUCAUCAUUAGCUACUUUUGCUUCUGCAGGAAGAGGCUUGACCCUCCAUCCGAUUUCUACCUAACGCCUCAUUCCUGUGGAGAACCGUGUGGGAAGCCUCUUCAGAAUGGGAACAGCAAGUCUGGGGAUCUUUGCCCUCAUGUUUGUGUUUUGCAAUGCCAUCCCGGUCCAUGUCCUCCUUGCAAAGCAUUUGCUCCGCCCCGUUUGUGCCCUUGUGGGAAGAAAAAUAUUACCACUCGCUGUUCGGACGGCGAAUCUCUUACUUGUGGCCAACAAUGUCAAAAGCUUCUUCAAUGUGGGCGCCAUCGGUGUGACCAAUUUUGUCAUCUUGGUCCUUGUGAUCCUUGUCAUCUUCCAACCGAUGCUUCUUGCUUCUGUAGUAAAAAGUCUGAAGCUAUUCUUUGUGGGGACAUAGCCUUGAAGGGUGAAAUCAAAGUAGAAGGUGGAGUUUUUUCUUGUGGUUCCACUUGUGGAAAUAAACUUGGUUGUGGAAAUCAUAUUUGUACUGAGACCUGUCAUCUAGGCAGCUGUGCCGAGUGUGACUUGUUGCCAACUCGUGUUAAGACAUGUUGUUGCGGGAAAGUUAGCUUAGAGGGAGAACGACACAGUUGUUUAGACCCAAUACCUACCUGUUCACAAGUAUGUGGCAAGUCCCUUCCUUGUGGUAUGCAUCGUUGUAAACAGAAAUGCCAUGUUGGGGAUUGUUCUCCUUGUUUGGUUUUAGUCCCUCAGAAGUGUCUGUGUGGCUCAACUUCCAGAACUGUGGAGUGCUGUAAGACAACAACGGAAAAUGAGAAAUUUACUUGUGAAAAGCCUUGUGGGCAGAAAAAGAAUUGUGGAAGGCAUCGUUGUAGUGAACGGUGUUGUCCACUCUCUAAUUCAAAAAAUAUUCUAAAUGCAGAUUGGGAUCCACACCUCUGUUCCAUUUCAUGUGGAAAGAAGUUACGCUGUGGGCAACAUGCGUGUGAUUCCCUAUGUCACAGUGGUCAUUGUCCACCUUGUCUUCAAACUAUAUUCACGGAUUUGACAUGUGCUUGUGGCAGGACUUCAAUCCCUCCUCCAUUGCCCUGUGGUACACCGAUGCCGUCAUGUCAGCUUCCAUGUUCAGUUCCUCAGUCAUGUAGCCAUCCAGCUUCCCACAGCUGUCAUUAUGGAGAUUGCCCUCCUUGUUCUGCACCUGUAGCAAAAGAAUGUAUUGGCGGACAUGUAGUUCUUAGGAACAUAUGUGGCUCAAAGGAUAUUAGAUGUGAUAACCUUUGUGGGAAGACUAGACAUUGUGGUUUACAUGCCUGUGGCAGAACAUGUCACUCCCCACCUUGUGAUAAUCACACUGUUGUGCAAGGCAUUCGAACUUCAUGCAGGCAAACAUGUGGCGCUCCAAGGAGAGAUUGCCGCCAUACAUGUACAGCUCCUUGUCACCCUUCAUCUCCAUGUCCAGAUAGAAGAUGUGAGUUCCCUGUCACAAUCACUUGUACUUGUGGCCGAAUAACAACAAAUGUCCCUUGCGAUGCUGGUGGUGGUAGUGCUAAUUAUAAUGUUGAUGAUAUACUUGAGGCUUCCAUUAUUCAAAAGCUUCAACCAUUGGAUGCUAACGGCAAAGAAGUUUCCCUCGGACAACGGAAACUAAUGUGUAAUGAUGAGUGUGCUAAGUUGGAGCGUAAAAGGGUUCUCACUAAUGCUUUUGAGAUUACAACUCCAAAUCUAGAUUCUUUUAAUCUAGGUGAGAAUUCUGUUGCUUCUUCUGCAUUACUUGGUGAUAUAUUGAGGCGUGAUAGUAAGUGGGUUUUGUCUGUUGAGGAGAGAUGUAAGUGUUUAGUACUUGGCAAGAGCAAAGGAACCACACAUGGUCUAAAAGCCCAUGUUUUUUGUCCCAUGCUAAAGGAUAAAAGAGAUGCGGUGAGGAUGAUUGCUGAGAGAUGGAAGCUUGCAAUAAAUACAGCGGGCCGGGAGCCAAAGCAAUUUAUAGUUGUUCAUGUUUCCCGAAAAUCAAGAGCUCCAUCACGCGUGCUAGGGAUUAAGGGUACUACAACUGUACAUGUGCCCCUUCCUCCUGCAUUUGAUCAUUUAAUAGACAUGGACCCUCGAUUUGUUGUCUCUUUCCCCGACUUACCAAGGGUUGCAGAUAUCAGUGCGUUGGUGUUAAGAUUUGGAGGUGAGUGCGAACUUGUUUGGUUAGAUGACAAAAAUGCAUUAGCUGUUUUUAACGAUCCUGCCCGAGCUGCAACUGCAAUGAGAAGGUUGGAUCAUGGAAGUGUUUAUCAGGGAGCUAUUAAGGUUGUUCAGAAUGUAGGGGCAUCUGUAGCAUCUUCAGUUACAAAUGCUUGGGGAGGAGCUAGAACAACGAAAGGAGGGGCACUGGUAGCAUUGAAGGGUCAUGUGUGGAAAAAGGCUGUUGUUGUAGAAUCAGGAUGGAGAGAAGAUUCUUGGGGCGAUGAGGAGUGGGCUACUGGUUCUGCUAAUAUUAUCCAGUCAUCUAUUUGGAAGAAAGAAGCACCAAUAUCUGCUUCAUCAAAUCCUUGGAGUGUCUUAGAUCAAGAAUGGCCUUCAAGUUCAUCUGCUGCUGCUGUUAAAGACGAUACUUCAAGAAAACAAACUGAAAGUAAUGUUGUGACAAAGUUGGAUCCUCGGGAUGGUGGUUCAAAUCUAGAACACCAGCAUGGAAGAGACUUUGACACUUCAAAAGUUUUUGAUGUAGUAGAUGAUUGGGAGAAGGCUUGUGAAUGAGGAGAAAUGAACAAGAAGUAAACACUUUGUUUUUUCAUUACUUAUACAUUUUUUUAAAAGGAGACAAUGUAUUGUGUGGCCUGCCAUCCCUUUUUUCUAAUUGCAUGUUGGCACCCUCCUUGCCACUUUUUUUGGACUAAUAUUCUAAUUCUAAAAAUAUAGGAAACAUAGGAGUGAUGGCGUAUCAGGCAAUUGAAGGAAAUCUUACCUUGCUCUGGUGCCCUAAAUAAAAGUUGUGGAACAUUGCAAUUUCAUGUUUUUCAAUAGUAUGUAAAAUGUUCAAAGAAUAGCCUGGUGUCAACAAGCUUGAGUAGUUGCAUUUGAGAGGAAUAGAGAUGAAAAAGUUUGGACAUAAAAUGUUCAAUGUUGUUUGGAUGUGUGAUGGAAAAAGAAUGGGAAUAAAUUUUUGGUGUGAAGCUCAUAAAAAAUGUUUCUCCAUUAUAGGCAACAAUGGAAUCAACUAUUUGUCUCAAUUUUACCCUUCGUUUUGUUGUUGUAAGUUAAAUCGGUGUUCUAGUUCUAGUUAGUCAACAUCGGCUAAGAGGAAAAGUAGAAGAAAAAAAAUGGUCGUGUUAUUUCUGAAUAGCAUAUCCUUCAUAUUCUAGAUUGUUUUUGUUGAAAAUACAUUUAAGAUAUUUUGAAUAUCAUAUUGUAUGUAUCAUGUCAAUAAGGAUAGUAUCUCUUGUAUUUAUUGCUUUAAGCCUAUAUAAAAUCGGUUCUGUUGUGUAUUUCAAACACACGGUUUCAUCA